AUGAGCAUCAAAGUCCGGUCGGGGCCACACCCCAAGGCGGACUCAUGGAGAAGUAAACCGAAUCUGCCUAUUUUCCAUCGCAUCCUGAGUGGCCUGAACAUUUUCCCUCCUCACUCAGAUGAAGUAUACAAGCCAGCACCGGGCGAGAAAAUGCCGGUUUCCCGAGACUUAUAUCAGGUCUUUUCUCCCCUCCCGCUAGCAUUUGUUCCUUUCGGAUUGUUAUAUUGGUACUAUAACUACGUAUCUGCGGAAAUGCCAAGUCCGCUUACCGUGUGGAUGGGCCUUAUUUUGCAUACGCUUGUGUUUGGUGGUAUUACCAUGUGGUACUUCAACGCCCUCGUCCGCAAGCAUGGGUACCUCGAUGCAGGCGUCGGUCGUGACACUGUUUCCUAUGAUUUGGUGCCCAAGGUUGGAUUUGAAAUUUUUGGUGCUGCAAUCUUGCGCCCUGCUGUGGUUGUGUUAGGCUGCUACGAUCCCAGUCAGCCUCCUCGCCUUUCUUGGUGGCUUCCUGUUCAGCUUUUCAUGCUUACGUUGACGGAGGACUUUACGUACUACUGGUUCCACCGGUUUUGCCACGAGGUUGACAGUGCAUGGUCGAUUCAUCGGCGCCACCAUACUACCAAGCACCCCACUACGAUGUUGCUUGGGUAUGCCGACGACUUGCAAGAGUUUGUCGACCUGAUUGGGUCUCCCAUUAUCAGCUGGUUUAUGUGCCCUUUCGGAUUUGAAGUUACUGCGACUUGGAUAUAUAUUCUCGUGUUUGUCCAGCUGGCAGGCCACACUGGACUUCGGAUGCAUUUUGGAGCCAUUAUGACUGGGCCUUUCCUGCGUCCGUUCGGGCUUGAGCUUGUCGUGGAAGACCAUGAUUUGCAUCACAGGCAUGGCUGGAAGGACUCGUACAAUUACGGCAAACAAUCGCGGUUCUGGGAUACGCUGUACGGUACUGCAGGGGACCGAGUUGAAGGUUUUGAAGAAAACCUUGAUUAUAACUUAACCCACUGA